GGACGGCGUGCGAGGUCGGAGGUCGCGGGGUGGGGCUGGCGCCGGCUGCUUUCCCGUCUAACGCCUCUUCGCCUCAACCCUCGUCUUACGUCCCGCUCUCCUCUUCCCUGGUGUUCCAGCUGAGGGGGGACCGAGGCCGCGGGCGCGUGAGGCUGAGGGGUGGUCGGGCGCGCGUGGCGCGUCAAACGUGGACCCGGGCCGGGGGCGUGUGAGGCGGGACGUGGCCGGAGCGCGCGAGGCAGCGAGGAUGGUCCUGAGCGACGAGUCGGCGGCGGGCGGCCGGGAGGAGCCGGAGGAGGACGCGCUGGCCCGCGGCGGCGCCCUGGAGUCCUUCGGCGAGAGCGCGGAGACCCGGGAGCUGCUCGGCCGCCUGCGGGACGUGCACGGGGACCCGGCGGCCCGCGAGGUGACCCUGGAGCGGUUCCGAGUGAUCAUGGACAAGUAUCAGGAGCAGCCUCACCUGUUGGACCCUCACCUUGAAUGGAUGAUGAACUUGUUGUUGGACAUAGUGCAAGAUAAGGGAUCUCCACCUCCACUCGUACACCUGGCUUUUAAGUGUCUCUACAUCAUCACCAAGGUUCGCGGAUAUAAAAUAUUUCUUCGUCUGUUUCCUCAUGAAGUAGCUGAUGUGCAACCUGUGUUAGAUAUGUUUGCCAAUCAGAAUCCUAAAGACCACGAAACUUGGGAGACCCGCUACAUGCUGUUAUUGUGGCUCUCUGUUACCUGCCUGAUCCCUUUUGAUUUGUCACGGCUUGACGGGAACCUCACCACCCAACCGGGGCCGGCACGGAUGUCCAUAAUGGACCAUAUUCUCCAAAUCGCAGAGUCCUAUUUGGUUGUCAGCGACAAGGCCCGAGAUGCAGCUGCUGUCCUUGUGUCCAAGUUUAUUACACGUCCGGACGUCAAGCAGAAGAAGAUGGCCGCCUUCCUGGACUGGACUCUCCGAACACUGGCCCACUCCUCCUUCCAGACCAUUGAGGGGACCAUCGCCAUGGACGGUGUGCUUCAGGCUCUGGCACAGAUAUUUAAACAUGGAAAACGUGACGAUUGUUUGCCGUAUGCCUCCACCGUUCUCAAGUGCCUCAGUGACUGCAGACUCGCAGAGAGCAACCAGACCCUCCUCCGGAAACUUGGGGUGAAGCUUGCACAGCGGCUGGGCCUGACCUUCUUGAAACCCAAGGUGGCAAAGUGGAGGUACCAGCGUGGUCACCGGUCUCUGGCUGCUAAUUUGACGCUUCUGGCCCAGAGGCAGAGUGAGCAGAUCCUUGAGGAGACACCCGACAGCGAGGAAGAUUAUGACGUGCCGGAGGAGGUGGAGAAUGUGAUAGAGCAGCUGCUGGCUGGACUCAAGGACAAGGACACAAUCGUGCGGUGGUCAGCAGCCAAAGGCAUCGGCAGGGUGGCCGGGCGGCUCCCACAGGACCUGGCUGACGAUGUGGUGGGCUCCAUGCUGGAUUGCUUCAGUUUUCAGGAAACCGACACUGCAUGGCAUGGCGGCUGCCUGGCACUGGCAGAACUUGGCAGAAGAGGCCUGCUGCUCCCUGCCCGGCUGACUGAUGUUGUCUCUGUAAUCCAGAGGGCGCUGACCUAUGAUGAGAAGAGGGGCGCCUGCAGCGUGGGCGCCAAUGUCAGGGACGCUGCCUGCUACGUGUGCUGGGCCUUCGCACGCGCCUACGAGCCCACCGAGCUGCAGCCCUUUGUGGCGGAGAUCUCCAGUGCGCUCGUGAUCGCCACUGUGUUUGACCGUGACGUGAACUGCAGAAGAGCCGCCUCGGCUGCUUUCCAGGAGAAUGUGGGGAGACAGGGUACGUUUCCUCAUGGAAUUGAUAUUUUGACCACAGCUGACUAUUUUGCUGUUGGGAACAGAUCCACCUGUUUCCUGGUGAUAAGUGUGUUCAUUGCCGGCUUUCCUGAGUAUACCCAGCCCAUGAUCGACCACCUGGUUUCCCUGAAGAUCAACCAUUGGGAUAGGGUCAUCCGAGAGUUGUCAGCAAAAGCGCUGGGGAACCUGGCCCAGUGUGCGCCUGAGUACUGUGCUGCUCAUGUCCUCCCAAAACUGCUGUCCUUGACGGGGAGUCCUGACCUGCACACUCGCCAUGGGGCGAUCCUGGCUUGUGGGGAGCUCACCUUGGCCUUGCACAACCUGGCAGCCCAGCACAGCAGGCCCGUCACAUACUACUUGGAUGAGAAGGCCCUGGAGGGCCUGAAGCAGAUUCACCAGCAGCUUUACAACCAUCAGUUAUACAGGGGUCUGGGAGGAGAGCUCAUGAGACAAGCAGUGUGUGUUCUAAUAGAAAGCCUGUCACUUUCCAAAGUGCCUUUUAAAGGCGAUGCCGUCAUUGAUGGCUGGCAGUGGCUGAUCAGCGACACACUCCGGAGCCUCCACCUGGUCUCCAGCCCCUCCAGGCAGCAGAUCAAGGAGGCAGCUGUCUUGGCCUUGGCGGCACUGUGCAGCGAGUACUACCUGGAGGAGCCGGGAGCGGCAGAGCCUGUUGCACUAGAUGCAUUGACGCAGCAGUACCUCAACGAGCUGCAGAGCCCUGAAGAGAUGACACGCUGCGGCUUUGCGCUGGCUUUGGGGGCCCUGCCCAGCUUCUUCCUGAAGGGCCGGCUGCAGCAGGUCUUGGCAGGUCUGAGAGCGGCCACUCACAUCGACCCCCAGGACAUGAGCUUUGCAGAUGCCAGGAGAGACAGUUUGAGGGCUAUUGCUCGGGUCUGCCAGACGGUCGGGGUGAAUGCAGAAGGGAGCCCUGACGAGGUUGUGUGCGAAGCCAACGUCCCCCAAAUUUACUCCACCUUGCUCGGCUGCAUGAGCGACUACACCACGGACAGCAGGGGGGAUGUCGGCGCGUGGGUCCGAGAGGCGGCAAUGACCAGUCUGAUGGAACUGACACUCCUGCUGGGGAGCAGCCGGCCACAGCUGAUUAGGGCCGACAUCUGCGAGCAGGUCCUGUGCUGUGUGGCUCAGCAGGCCAGCGAGAAGAUUGAUCGCGUCCGCGCCCACGCCGGCCACGUGCUCCUGACACUCCUGCACUUCGACAGCCCCCCACUCCCCCACGUGCCCCACCGAGAGGCGCUGGAGCAGAUCUUCCCCAGGUCAGAUGUGGCCACUGUGAACUGGAAUGCGCCCUCCCAGGCCUUCCCGCGCAUCACCCAGCUCCUGGGGCUGCCAACCUUCCGUUACCACGUGCUGCUGGGUCUAGCCGUGUCUGCCGGUGGCCUGACCGAGUCCACGGUCAGAUACUCAACUCAGAGCCUGUGUGAGUACACCAGGGGCAUUCAGAAGGACCUGCAGGCCAUGGCGAGCUUCAGCAGGGCCCUCCUGCAGGUCUUCGAGGAUAACCUUUUGAAUACUAGGGUUUCUGUGCCGCUGCUGAGGACACUGGACCAGAUGUUGGUCACCGGGGUCUUCGAUGUCUUCACGGAGGAGGAGGACCACCCCUUUGCGGUGAAGCUGCUGGCGCUUUGCAAGGAGGAAGUCAAAAAGUCCAAAGACCCCCAGAAGCUCCGGGCAGGCAUUGCUGUGUUUUGUGGCAUGAUUCAGUUCCCAGGGGACGUGAGGAAGAAUGUGCUGCUGCAGCUGCUGCUGCUCCUCUGCCACCCGUUUCCCACAAUCCGGAAUACCACGGCCAGCCACGUGUACGAGAUGGUGCUCACCUAUGGCGAGGAGGUCACGGGUGCUGAGGCUUUGGAUGAGGUCAUGGCUGUGCUGGGUGACACGGCCUGGGACUUGGAGCUGCCACUGGUAAGGGAGCAGCGGAAUCGCCUGUGUGACCUCCUGCAGGUGCCCAGACCCCAACUGGUUUCCAAGCCUAGCCCCUGCUGAAGCCGAAUCCCAGGGCUGGAGUCCUUGAGCGACUCGCGUUUGAUGCCGUGCUCCCGAGGAAGGAAGGACGCCUGUGCCUCGGUGACCACAGAUGGCCAUUCCCUUCAUGGGCUUCCUUGAUGCCGACGCUUGGCCUUUACUGGAAACGUGAAUGUGUCCCCAUAAAAUCAUGUAUCAAACAGCC